AUAUUUUUCCUGCAACCAAGGCCGGAGAAAGUGUGAAUUCGGUUUGGCCAACUGGGUGAAGGUUCGGGGUUUGGCGGGUGAGUACGGGUGAGCUGGCUGCUGCUGCUUUCUCCUCACGUCAUCUUCCAAAAUUAGCAACUAUAUUCUAUAACCUUAAAAUGGUUAUAGUUUUAAUUCAUAAUAGGGAUAUCUGACACUUUGAAAAUUAGCGUUGAAACGUUAGACGACAUGGCCUAAAUUUCAAGCAAAGGUAUCGCUUGAGGUUAAUGGGGUCAGAACAGAGCUCGCAGGGAGGUGGGAAGAGAAAGGGAAAGAAUCCGAAAAGGUCACAUUCGGCAGGAGCCGACAAGGACAAUGAAUUCAGAAGGAAUAAAUCAUAUGAAGGUGCAUCCUCUCCAAGGCCAAGUAUUUGUUCAGACUCGGACAUUCCAUACGUGUCGUACACAGCAACGAGGCCAAUUAGUGAAGAGAUUAGUACCGAUCGAAAGUUCAAGUGGACAAGUAGUGACGCCAAACCCAAGACGCGGGACAAAGUCAUAAAUCGUGAGAGACGUGACAAUAAAGCCAAAAGUGUGGGGAGCAUUGUGACCGUGAAAGCAGCCUGCGAAAUCCCAACGGUGGAGAAGGACCCUCUAUAUCAACGGCUAGAUGACAUUCCUCCCUUUACGCCCAUCAUUCGAGAAAAGCCUGGCGUACCGUGGACGAAAAAUCCCGAAAUUUCGGAAAAGAUCGACCCCUCUUCCCUACUCAAAAUCGCCUUUUUAUACCAACAACGUCUCGGAAGACAUGAACGAACCUUGAAAGCUAAGCAAGACCAACUUUCCCUACAGAUUCAGGAGACUGACGCCCAAGUGUAUCAUAUCACGAUGAUUCUCAAUAAUAGAGAAAAAACAUUUUCACGAUACUUAGAAACUUUCAGUAAAAUAUCAGACUUGACGAAAAACCUAUCAGCCUGUCACUACUCUCUAAAUAAGACGAUCGAAGCAAUUGAAACGUUAAAUAACAUGCUUGCCGUGGACGAUCGACUGGAGCCAUUUGUUUGGACAACGGGAUAAUAAUUAAUUAUGAUCGCUAUCUAUCUAGAUCGUCAUACAUUAUUCAAAAAUAAUAAGCCUAGCUAGCCUCUGCAUUUGUUCAUGAUAACUUUAUAAUAUCCAAUGAGCCUAUCAUCAACUGCCCUAAUUACACGUUAGGCAAGCAAAAACAAAGUAAAUAAAAACGGUGAUUAUUGAAUUUCACAACAUUCCCCGAUA